UAAUAAUUUGUAGACUUUUUAUCUUAGCAAAUUUACUAAUAAUAGAAUAACUCAAGUAGUUUUUUCUAUAUCAUCAGUAAUUAUGGAACUGAAUUUUGCAAAGCAUGCGUCUGGUGAUAAUAAUACAAUUAAACAACCAGUGGAUAUCAAACAAAGCUCGUCACCAGAGGUACUGAUUAUUACAGAUGAUAUUAUAAAUACCAAAGAAGAUAAGGUAGAAAAGUUGAAUAAUCAAAGCGAAAUAUCUCCACAAUUAAUCGAUGAAAACGAAAAAAAAUUAGAAGAAAGAAUUACACAGUGCAAAAACAUAAUUGCAUCACUAAAGUUAGAGCUUAAUGAAGAGAAAAUGAAAUUGAAAAUGGAAGCUAAGGACUAUCAGUUACAAACAAUUGAUACCCCUGUUAAGGUUUCUUCAAAUAUCAAUUAUGUUUCUGAAAAGCGAACUGAUUUUACAAAUUUCUACAGUACAAACAUGUAUUCUGUUUUUGUAGACAGUAAAUUAAACUGUGAUGAACAUUUAAUGGAAUAUGAAAAACAAUUGGAACGUUAUCAAAUCACCCUAAAUAUGGCACAAAUUGAGAAAAAAAAUGCCAUAAGAAAACAAAUGUUAGCUAAAGCUUUUAAACUGAAGCUUAUGGAGGUUGAAAAUCAAUGUAACAUUGAGCUAUUACGAAUAAAGCAAAGCUUGCAAUGCCUAGAGCCUUUAAAAAUGAUUGUGGAAAAAUGGCAAACCAACAGCAAUGAUAAUGAUUAUGAUUUAAACAAUUUUCAGCUAAUUCCCCGAUACCCUGAGCUUAACGCAGCAUCCGGAAGUGAUAUUAUCACUACGUCUAGUACGGAUGAGUUUCAAAGUAAAACUGGUACUUCAAAUCUUUCUAGUGAUAAAAAUUAAUAAAACUGUUAUGUUGUUUAUUUUUUUUUAAUCUCGGAUGGAUCAGAAUAUAGAA